UCUGUUUUGCAAAGUGCUCCAAUUGGGAACUGAUAAUAUAUACGCUGACCAUGUCCAUUAAGAGGCGUAAUACUGAAAUUUGAUAACAUAAAACAUACUUACAAGUGGAGUUAAUCUAUGCUGCUACAAAUGUGCUGAUCGAAAACGCUUCAGCUGCCUUAGAGUUUAGACGCGAACAAGGAGAACAGCAAAGGUCGAAAAUUAUGGCGAUAUUUAAUAACCGCGUGCAGCGUCGCUUCGACGUUGACAGCAAAGUUUGAGAGAGCGCGUGCGAGAGCGAGACAGCAUAUCAGCAAAGAGAGUAAGUCUGAUCGAGCCAGAGAGAAGGGAGCGCGCAAGCAUAUCAGAACUUGAAAUUCAACAAAAAGCUCUCGCCUAACUGUUUCACAGUCACAACUCCCCUCACCACCAAUACCAAUACGCACGCCACCAGCUCCACUCUCUCACUCACACUCACACUCCUUGGCAUACAUAUAUAAUGGGUCUGCAGGUGGCAGCCACUUUUGUUGCAGCCAACUUGUUUGCAGUCCUGUUGCUUACCUGGACGCCAGCGACCGUCGAUGCAGUCCAUGCAAAUUUUUCGGAUUUUCCUUAUAUACAAUAUCUGACACAUCCGCCGGAGAUCAUCAAGAAGCCGCAGAAUCAGGGCGUGCGCGUUGGGGGCGUGGCCAGCUUCUACUGCGCGGCACGCGGGGAUCCGCCACCCUCCAUAGUGUGGCGCAAGAACGGCAAAAAAGUAUCAGGCACUCAAUCCCGUUACACGGUGCUGGAGCAACCGGGCGGCGUUUCCAUACUGCGCAUCGAGCCGGUGCGAGCGGGACGGGACGAUGCACCAUACGAAUGCGUCGCCGAGAACGGCGUGGGCGACGCCGUAUCCGCAGAUGCAACUUUAACCAUAUAUGAAGGCGAUAAAACACCCGCAGGCUUUCCGGUUAUAACGCAGGGCCCGGGCACACGCGUCAUCGAGGUGGGCCACACCGUCCAAAUGCAAUGCAAAGCCAUUGGCAAUCCGCCGCCCACCAUCUACUGGAUCAUCAACCAGACCAAGGUGGACAUGACCAAUCCUCGAUAUGUCAUUAACAAUGGUGUAUUACAAAUCAACAACAGCAGCGAGGAGGAUCAGGGAAAAUACGAGUGCGUGGCAGAGAACUCGAUUGGCACGGAGCACUCGAAGGCAACCAAUUUGUAUGUAAAGGUUCGUCGCGUCCCGCCUACUUUCUCCCGCCCGCCAGAGCACAUAAGUGAGGUGAUGCUGGGUUCCAAUCUGAAUCUAUCAUGCGUAGCUGUCGGGUCACCCAUGCCGCACGUUAAGUGGAUGAAGGGAGCACAAGAUCUGACACCGGAGAACGAUAUACCCAUAGGUCGGAAUGUUUUACAGUUAACUAAUAUACAGGAGAGCGCGAACUUCACCUGCAUAGCUGCCUCCUCGCUCGGCCAGAUCGAUGCAGUAUCCGUGGUCAAAGUGCAAUCACUGCCAACGGCGCCGACGGAUGUGCAAAUAUCCGAAGUGACCGCAACGUCGGUGCGUCUGGAGUGGUCGUACAAGGGACCCGAAGAUCUGCAGUAUUAUGUCAUUCAGUACAAGCCGAAGAAUGCGAAUCAAGCCUUCAGCGAGAUCAGCGGCAUUAUAACCAUGUACUAUGUGGUGCGCGCCCUGAGCCCGUAUACGGAGUACGAGUUCUAUGUGAUAGCUGUUAACAACAUUGGGCGUGGUCCGCCCUCGGCGCCAGCGACUUGCACCACGGGCGAUUUCUCAUUCGGUGGGACAAAAAUGGAAAGUGCGCCACGUAAUGUGCAAGUGCGGCCGUUGAGCUCCUCAACGAUGGUUAUUACUUGGGAGCCACCAGAGACGCCCAAUGGACAAGUGACCGGCUACAAGGUGUACUACACGACUAACCCGAAUCAGCCGGAAGCCUCCUGGAACUCCCAAAUGAUUGACAAUAGCGAAUUGACAACGGUCUCGGAAUUAACGCCUCAUGCCAUCUACACAGUCCGUGUGCAGGCGUACACCUCAAUGGGAGCCGGUCCUAUGUCCACCCCUGUGCAGGUGAAGACACAGCAAGGUGUGCCAUCACAACCGAGCAAUUUCCGGGCCACUGAUAUCGGCGAGACCGCAGUCACAUUGCAGUGGUCCAAGCCGACUCAUUCCAGCGAGAACAUUGUGCACUACGAGCUCUACUGGAAUGACACAUACGCCAAUCAGGAUCAUCACAAGCGAAUCUCGAACUCCGAGUCUUACACGCUUGAUGGUUUGUAUCCCGAUACCCUCUACUACAUCUGGCUGGCGGCACGUUCGCAGCGCGGCGAGGGCGCAACGACACCGCCCAUCCCCGUUCGCACCAAGCAAUAUGUACCAGGUGCUCCGCCACGCAAUAUCACGGCGAUAGCGAACAGCUCGACAACGAUCGCGCUAAGCUGGCUGCCUCCGCCCGCGGAGCGCUCCAACGGCCGGAUCAUAUACUAUAAGGUGCUGUUCGUCGAGGUGGGCCGGGCGGACGACGAGGCGUCCACUCUGACCCUGAACAUGACCCAGAUUGUGCUUGACGAGCUCAAGCGCUGGACCGAAUACAAGAUCUGGGUGCUAGCCGGCACCUCUGUAGGCGAUGGUCCGCGCUCCCACCCGAUCAUAACACGCACCCUAGAGGAUGUGCCCGGAGAUCCGCAGGAUGUCAAAGCUACGCCCCUAAACUCAACAUCCAUACAUGUGAGCUGGAAACCGCCACUUGAAAAAGAUCGGAAUGGCAUCAUACGCGGCUAUCAUAUCCACGUGCAGGAAAUGCGAGAUGAGGGAAAGGGCUUUCUCAACGAACCUUUCAAGUUCGAUGUGGUCGACACGCUGGAAUACAGUGUGACCGGCCUGCAACCCGACACUAAAUACUCGAUUCAAGUCGCAGCUCUGACGCGCAAGGGUGACGGCGAUCGUAGCACUGCGGUGAUUGUAAAAACCCCCGGAGGAGUGCCUGUACGACCGACAGUAAGUCUUAAAAUUAUGGAACGCGAACCAAUAGUCUCCAUUGAACUGGAAUGGGAACGACCGGCACAAACAUACGGCGAACUGCGUGGCUAUCGCCUGCGCUGGGGCGUCAAGGAUCAACCACUGAAGGAGGAGAUGCUCUCCGGACCACAGAUGACCAAAAAACGAUUCAACGAUCUUGAACGCGGCGUAGAGUACGAGUUUCGUGUAGCAGGCAGCAAUCAUAUUGGCAUUGGGCAGGAAACAGUCAAGAUCUUCCAGACUCCUGAGGGAACACCUGGCGGACCACCGGCGAACAUAACCAAACGCUUCCAAACCCCCGAUGUGCUUUGCGUCACUUGGGACCCACCAACCCGCGACCAUCGCAAUGGAAUCAUCACACGCUAUGAUGUGCAGUUCCAUAAGAAAAUCGACCAUGGGCUGGGCUCAGAGCGAAAUAUGACGCAGCGCAAGGCGGUUUUCACCAACCUGGAGGAGAACACCGAGUACGUUUUUCGCGUGCGGGCGUACACGAAACAGGGCGCCGGCCCAUUUAGUGAGAAGAUGAUUAUAGGAACGGAGCGGGACAUGGGACGAGCUCCAAUGUCUGUACAGGCGGUGGCCACCUCCGAGCAGACAGCGGAAAUCUGGUGGGAGCCGGUGCCAAGUCGUGGCAAGCUACUAGGCUAUAAGAUCUUUUACACCAUGACGGCCGUCGAGGAUCUAGAUGAUUGGCAAACGAAGACCGUAGGUCUAACCGAAUCGGCCGAUCUGGUCAAUCUAGAGAAGUUUGCCCAAUAUGCCGUGGCCAUCGCGGCCAGGUUUAAGAAUGGACUGGGACGUCUUAGUGAGAAGGUUACGGUGCGCAUCAAGCCAGAGGAUGUCCCACUCAAUCUGCGUGCUCACGACGUCAGCACACAUUCCAUGACUCUCUCCUGGUCACCACCCAUACGCCUUAAUCCCGUCAACUACAAGAUCAGCUUCGAUGCGAUGAAGGUGUUUGUGGACUCGCAAGGCUUCUCUCAAACACAAAGUGUGCAGAAGCGUGAAAUAAUUCUAAAGCACUUCGUGAAGACGCACACGAUCAACGAGCUGAGCCCUUUUACCACAUACAACGUAAAUGUGAGCGCCAUUCCCUCGGAUUACUCCUACAGACCGCCGACGAAGAUAACGGUGACCACUCAAAUGGCUGCCCCACAGCCCAUGGUCAAGCCCGAUUUCUACGGCGUGGUAAAUGGCGAGGAGAUAUUGGUUAUACUGCCGCAGGCAUCCGAGGAGUAUGGCCCCAUCUCGCACUACUACUUAGUUGUGGUACCCGAGGAUAAGUCAAAUCUGCACAAGAACCCCGAUCAAUUCCUCACCGACGAUCUGCUGCCCGGUCGUAAUAAGCCAGAGCGCCCCAAUGCACCAUAUAUAGCUGCUAAGUUUCCACAGCGCUCGAUACCCUUCACCUUCCAUCUUGGCUCAGGCGAUGACUAUCACAAUUUCACCAAUCGGAAGCUGGAGAGAGAGAAGCGCUAUCGCAUCUUUGUGCGCGCCGUCGUAGAUACCCCCCAAAAGCAUCUGUAUACAUCCAGUCCCUUCUCCGAGUUCUUAUCACUUGACAUGCGCGAGGCGCCGCCCGGCGAACGUCCCCAUCGUCCUGACCCCAACUGGCCCUCAGAGCCGGAGGUUUCCGUUAAUCGCAACAAAGAUGAGCCGGAGAUACUGUGGGUGGUGCUACCCCUGAUCACUGCCUUUGUUGUCUCAACCACACUGAUCGUGCUGUAUGUGGUUAAGCGUCGCAGGCAACCCUGCAAAACCCCUGAUCAGGCAGCUGUUACGCGUCCUCUGAUGGCCGCUGAUUUGGGGGCUGGCCCAACGCCCAGCGAUCCGGUUGAUAUGCGCCGACUAAACUUCCAGACGCCUGGCAUGAUCUCACAUCCGCCCAUACCCAUCUCAGAGUUUGCCAAUCACAUUGAGAGACUUAAGGCCAAUGACAAUCAGAAAUUCUCGCAGGAGUACGAGAGCAUCGAGCCUGGCCAGCAAUUCACCUGGGACAAUUCCAACUACGAGCACAAUAAGUCCAAGAACCGGUAUGCCAAUGUCACCGCCUACGACCAUUCACGUGUCCAGCUGCCCGCCCAGGAGGGCGUCCUCGGCUCGGACUACAUCAAUGCCAACUACUGUGACGGGUAUCGCAAGCAUAAUGCCUAUGUAGCCACCCAGGGACCUUUGCAGGAGACCUUCGCCGAUUUCUGGCGCAUGUGCUGGGAGCUGAAGACGGCGACGAUUGUGAUGAUGACCCGGCUGGAGGAGCGCACACGCAUCAAGUGCGAUCAGUAUUGGCCCUCCCGUGGAACCGAGACUUACGGCCAGAUCUUUGUCACCAUCACCGAGACCCAGGAGCUGGCCACCUACAGCAUUCGCACGUUCCAACUGUGCCGUCAGGGCUUCAACGAUCGCCGCGAGAUAAAGCAGCUGCAGUUCACGGCUUGGCCGGAUCACGGUGUGCCCGAUCAUCCUGCUCCCUUCCUGCAGUUCCUGCGUCGCUGUCGCGCCCUCACUCCACCCGAGUCCGGGCCAGUUGUGGUUCACUGCUCAGCGGGUGUGGGUCGCACUGGCUGUUAUAUUGUCAUUGACUCGAUGCUAGAGCGGAUGAAGCACGAGAAGAUCAUCGAUAUCUAUGGCCAUGUGACAUGCUUGCGCGCCCAGCGCAACUACAUGGUGCAAACGGAAGACCAGUAUAUCUUCAUUCACGAUGCGAUCCUGGAAGCCAUUAUAUGUGGAUCGACAGAGGUAGCCGCACGCAACUUGCAUAGCCAUUUGCAGAAGCUGCUCACCACCGAGCCAGGCGAGAGCAUUUCGGGGAUGGAGGUGGAAUUCAAGAAACUCUCGAAUGUCAAGAUGGACUCCUCCAAAUUUGUAACCGCUAACUUGGCCUGCAACAAGCAUAAGAAUCGUCUAGUUCACAUUCUGCCCUAUGAAUCGAGUCGCGUUUAUUUGACGCCCAUCCAUGGAAUCGAGGGCAGCGACUAUGUCAAUGCCAGUUUUAUCGAUGGCUACCGGUAUCGCUCGGCCUACAUUGCGGCUCAGGGACCAGUUCAGGACACCGCCGAGGACUUCUGGCGUAUGCUCUGGGAGCACAACUCCACCAUAGUUGUUAUGUUAACAAAGCUCAAGGAAAUGGGCAGGGAGAAGUGCUUCCAAUAUUGGCCUCACGAGCGCUCCGUACGUUAUCAGUAUUACGUUGUGGAUCCCAUCGCCGAGUAUAAUAUGCCGCAAUACAAACUGCGAGAGUUUAAGGUUACCGACGCUCGUGAUGGUUCUUCCCGCACCGUUCGCCAGUUCCAGUUCAUAGACUGGCCAGAGCAGGGUGUUCCAAAGUCUGGCGAGGGCUUCAUCGAUUUCAUCGGGCAGGUCCACAAGACCAAAGAGCAAUUCGGGCAAGAUGGUCCCAUCACGGUCCACUGCUCAGCCGGCGUGGGCCGCACGGGCGUCUUUAUCACACUCAGCAUUGUGCUCGAGCGCAUGCAAUACGAAGGUGUGCUCGAUGUUUUCCAAACGGUGCGCAUUUUGCGAUCUCAGCGACCCGCCAUGGUGCAGACGGAAGAUCAAUAUCACUUUUGCUAUCGCGCUGCCUUAGAGUACUUGGGCUCGUUCGACAACUAUGCAAACUGAAGAACCAAGCAGAAGCUGAAACAGUAGCAGGAAAAUAAGUAGGAGCUGGAGUUAAAGUCCGGGCUACAGAGCAGAAACAACAGUGUCAACUCCAUGUUCAUGUUAAAUGUUGCAUGUUCGUUGUUUUCAAUUGUACGCAUAAAUACGCAUUUACGAUAAACACGGAUACCUUAACUUUAAAGUAUUAUA